AUGAAAAUGCUAUCCACACUUCAAACCCCUCGUUCCACCCUCUCUCGUUUCUCUAUCCCAUCCACCAUCACUACCUUCACCUCCCACUCCCAAACUCUCCCACAAGCUUCUCUCACCACGCAAUCCCCAGCCACCUCCCCACCACACUCCCAAAUCCUCUCAACCCGCCACUCCCUCCUCUCCCGCAACCUCUCCGCCGUCGACCUAGUCCGCUCCCACCUCACGCGCCUCCGUCUCACUGAGCCUCACCUCCGCUCCUUCCUCCAUCUCCCCGACGACCAGACUCUUAUCGCCCAAGCCCAUGACCUUGAUCGCAGAAUCGCCGCUGGGGAAGACGUUGGUCCUCUCGCCGGCGUCCUUGUUGCUGUUAAGGAUAAUAUUUGUACAGCUGACAUGCCGUCUACUGGCGGCUCUCGGAUACUUGAGAAUUACCGGCCGCCGUUUGAUGCUACUGCCGUGAAGAGAGUGAAGGAAUUGGGUGGCAUUGUUGUUGGGAAAACUAAUAUGGAUGAGUUUGGUAUGGGUAGCACCACUGAAGCCUCUGCAUUUCAGGUAACUGCCAACCCGUGGGAUGUUUCUAGGGUACCAGGAGGAUCAUCCGGAGGAUCGGCAGCUGCAGUUUCUGCCAGGCAGUGUGUUGUAUCGUUGGGAAGUGAUACUGGUGGAAGUGUGAGGCAGCCGGCAUCUUUUUGUGGCGUCGUAGGUUUGAAGCCAACAUAUGGGCGUGUCUCAAGAUUUGGACUUAUGGCGUAUGCAUCAUCGCUUGAUGCCAUUGGCUGCUUUGGUUCAUCCGUCGCUGAUACUGGGAUUCUCCUUCAUGCAAUUGCUGGUCAUGAUAGAUUUGAUGCCACCUCAAGUAAACAAGAGGUGCCCAACUUUCUAUCUCAUUUUGACUUUGCAAGUUCUUUGGAAAGUAAGCCCUUGAAAGGGCUGAGGAUUGGUUUGAUCCGUGAAACUAUUGAAGAUGGUGUUGACGCUGGAGUAGUUUCUACAAUUCGUGCUGCUGCUUCACAUUUUGAGGAAUUAGGAUGCUCUGUUAAUGAGGUGUCGCUGCCAUCCUUUUCGCUUGGAUUGCCAGCUUAUUAUAUUCUUGCUUUGUCUGAAUCAUCUUCCAACUUGUCUCGCUAUGAUGGUAUCAGAUAUGGAAACCAAGUUUAUGCUGAUGAGUUAGGCUCUCUUUAUGGAGAUUCCCGGGCCAAAGGGUUAGGUUCUGAGGUGAAAAUGAGAAUUUUGAUGGGGACGUAUGCCCUUUCAGCUGGUUACUAUGAUGCAUAUUACAAGCGAGCACAGCAGGUGAGAACCAUUAUAAGGAAUAGCUUUAAAGAGGCACUGGAUCAAAAUGAUAUCUUGAUUUCUCCUGCAGCUCCUUCAGCUGCUUAUAAAAUUGGUGAAAAGAAAAAUGAUCCUUUGGCUAUGUAUGCUGGUGACAUCAUGACUGUAAAUGUCAACCUAGCUGGACUGCCUGCCUUGGUUUUACCUUGUGGAUUUAUUGAGAAUGGAACUGCCGGCCUUCCUGUUGGCCUGCAAAUGAUUGGUGCAGCAUUUGACGAGGGAGAGCUGCUGAGAGUGGGACAUAUCUUUGAGCAAACACUUGAGAAUGGCAGAUUUGUUCCACCAAUCAUAGCUGAUAUCGUUGAAUAA